CAUUGGCCUUUUAGUAAAGCAUCGUAGUUUCGUUGUUAAGAAGUUCUAAGCCAAGCGAUUUGCUACUGUUGAAUGAUUUUCAUUGUCUCGUUUUCAUAUAUCUAUUUUCUUGUAGUGUCAUGUCCACGUCUCUAUGCUGUGCAUGAUGCUGCCGGGAGAACAAAGAAAUGUUCUCGGUUUGAAACUUUACACUUGGCUGUGGAUUUUGUUGUCUAUGCCCUUUUGACAUUUUACACUUGACAGGGAUUGAGAGUCAAUAUAUGCAGUCAGAUGUCCGACCAUGGCUGGCAUUUCAUCCCUAUGCUGUCCGGUCGAAAUACCUAAAUGUAUCCUCUCAAAGAAUAUUCCGGCGAUAUGCCCGGCUUGACGUCGGAAUCCGGCGCCCUCGCCGUCGUGCCCCACUCAUCGGACGCGGAGAAGAAUACGAAAGUUUACCACCUACGUGUGCAACGGGUUACUCCUCCAUUCUCUCGCGUGUCUAUCUCUUGGGCGCGAGGCAGCACUCUCCGAAUCUCAUUGAUGCAAUCGGAACAGGAUGUUUCGGAGCAGAGCAGCGGCGGUGAGGUGCUGGAAGUGAGACUUGGGAGUGCGGACGCCGGGGAAAUUUCGGAUGCUCAGUGGCGGAGAAUAGCUUAUGGCUCCGUCGCUCCAUUUGCGCUCCUUCAAAGCCGGAAAAAUUCGGCUUCUAUGAUGCGCAGUGACAGAGAUUGGUGGGAACAUGCAUUGGCGUAUAGCAAGGAGAUAAAUUCUCUUCUUGGAAAUUCAAAUUCACCUGUUACACCCACAAUUGAAGACCCAAGGAUGGUAUUAAAGAAAGUUGAGGAGCCAACUGCUUUGAAAGCUGCCUGGGAGCUGAUGGAAAUUUUUUAUGUUGACAAGCGAUCUCAGAGCUGGAUGCCAGAACGGCUUCUUGAUUGGAUAGCUGAUUUUGAUUGUCUGUUCUCUGGAACUCACUCCACUGUGCAUGCGAAACUCAUCUCUUUCCAAAAUAAACUUGUUACUGUACAGGCAGUUGAGAAUGAUCCAGAAUAUUGGGAAGCUAUGUCAUCAGCCUUAGCAGUUGGCUGGCUUGAUGUUGUUGUAAAACUUUUGCGUUUGCAUGGGUCUUAUCAGUAUGAUCAACUUGGCAGUCGCGAGAUAGAAAAUGGGCUUGUAGAAGCGGUUGCUCUUCUUAUAUCACAGAUGCCACGUCUGCGCCCUGACCUACCAGCGGAAAAAUUAGGAGAAUGUUACAAAACUAAACCUGAAUUCAUGAAGGCUUGGGAGAAGUGGCGAGGCCAAAUUACUAAAUUGGAUUGCAGCAGAUUUUGGCUUGAUUGUGAUCACCAAAAGACGAGAGCUGGAUUGAAAAAUAUGCUUCAAAUCAUGGUGGGCAAUGCUUCCAUUCUCACCGAUGCAACAUGCCACUGGAUAGAGCUUUACGUUGCCCACUUUUUGUACAUAAGGCCUUUCACCAUGAGUUUGGAAAGCAUGUACAGUCUAGCUCAAAAAUGUAUGCAGUUAAAAUCAACUUCCAACCAGCAUAAGUUGAUGGAACUUAUGAUAGGGAUUCUAGAAGAAAACAUAGAGGUUGUUCUAGCUGAAUGCUCAAGAUCAUUUGGCCCGUGGAUGUUAACUCAUGCUAUAGAGCUGCUAACUGCCGGGAGCAUGGAGGCAGAAACCCUUUUGCAUGAGCCCCAGUCUAAAUUUGGAGGAAUCUGCAUAGAAGAACUCCAUCGAUUGAUUUAUGCUCAAAUUUUAUCCUCUCAUGCCUUGACAUGGAAUAUUGCUCCUAUAUAUUUGACAUCAUGCAUGAUGCAAGGACUAGGCUUGUUAGAGAAUUUACUAUCCCAGCAACCUGUACAACAUCAACAGGUGUUACUGAAGAGUAUAGAGAUCUGCCGUCUCAAUGGACUCGACUAUAUUAGUAACAAUAUGAUGAAGAUUGCUGGAGUUAAUCACUGGAAGCAUGGCAAGAAAGGAUCAGCUGUGUUCUGGCUUCAGCAGGCUCGAGAUGAAGUUCGCUUAAACCGGAUUGCUAAGCAUUUGUUUGACUUUGUUGGACAAUCAGUUUCAGAUAAAAGUUUCAAGCAAUGGGAAGGGAUGAUUGAAUUGUUGGGAACUGAAUCAAAAACUGCCGGUGGUCUAGAGUUCUUGAAAAAGUAUAGAGAUUUCAGGCGAUCCCUCCAGCAAGUUCAGGACGGCAUCACCACUGACGGUGCUUGGAAAGCCGCAGAAGCCCUUAUAUCACUCAUGAAAAAUCCGGCUACUCCUCGGCAGUUUUGGCUGCCUCUCUUAUAUGACUCAUUGAAAUUGCUAGAGUGGAAAGAACGGCCCUUGCUCAAUGUUUCUCAGACAAAUCUUUUGUUGAAUAAGCUGCAAGAGCUAUCCUUGGCUAGAUUGCUCCCAGGAUUUGUCGAUCCUGUCUUGCCUCCUGAGGCAUUACAAUCUGUCAGACUAGCUCUCGCCACUAAUCUAGGACGGGCUAUCCUUGAGGAGUAAUUUUAUUCACCUAUGUUCUUAUAUACAAAUACACCCAAAUAUGCUUUAUGUUUAGGUUGCUUGCAUUGCAGGGCUUUUUGGUAUCAAGAAUACCGGGUGGGAAAUUUGGAACGACGAAGCAAAAGUAACUUGCUAUACUCACUCUAGGUAAUGUUUGCUUGUAGUGUUGUUAUUAUUUUAUCUUUACAAAUAGUUAACGACAUAUUUAACUGAAAAGAUUGAACAAUUGAGCUCAGUUUGAUCGGUUCCGGCUAUUAAUAUCUGUUUUUUUGCCUUAACAACGCAAUAGCAUGCUUGUUUUAACCAUAUAUGUAUAUACACGUUUUUUGGUUCUAAUUUCUAUUCAUUGCAGCUGAUGCAUUAUAUUGUCGGCUGCUAUUCUAGUUGCAUUUUUGGUAAGUUUUAUGAGUAACAAAAU